AUGGCAUCAAAUACUCCAUCGAUUCAGUUGAGUGUUCGACUUGCUCCUCUUCCUGCAUCGAUUAAUUCUGUAAAACUCGCUCAGGAACUUCAUUUACCACGCCCAUUACAUAUUAGUAUUCAGAAAGAUGGUUCUUGUGCAUGGAUCAAUGGUUUUGUCUAUCAAGAAGAUGCAGAUGAAUUCGUCCGCCAAUGGUCAGGUGCUACAAUUCAAGGACAAAUAAUCGAAUGUACUGUCUCGUCACGCCGAAAUGAGCACACCGGUCCUUCUCAGACAGUUCGUAAACCAUUGGAGGCAGACGACGGAUCGUUACCCAAUCAACAGCACGGUUUUGAACGUUCCACACAGCCUAAACCUCGUUUUCCUGCUGAAAAAGAUCAAGUUUCGAACAUUGGAACUAAUGUCGAAGCGAAAAAUUCUCCUGAUAGAAAUCCAUAUAUAUUCAGAACCCAACGACCAAAGACAACAACAGCCAUACCCUCCACAACAAAAUUAUUGAAGGAGAAAGAUGAUGAACAAGAUAGACGACCCUUAUGCCAUUGGGCAAACAAAGGUGAAUGUCGAUAUAAUAGUGACACAUGUAAAUAUCGUCAUGAGCAAUGUACGAAUUAUAAAUCAUGCGAAAACCGGGUAUGCAAGUUAGGCCACUCAAAAGAACGAACUGCAAGAGUCGUGCAAAGCUCACAUGAAAGAAAUUUACUGCGUGAUAGAAGAGAUUCGUGUUCAUCAACAAGCUCGAACACAUCAAUACAAUCUACGAAUACAAGAACAAAUAUGUGUCGUUAUGAAAUGAAAUGCUUUAACAUUGAUUGCCGCUUUGAGCAUCCCGAUGGCUGGAAUCCGUGUGUCGAUGGAGAAAACUGUGAAGAUUACGACUGUACGGCGAGUCAUUCUUUCAAACGAAAAACAAAAUGUCUUAGUGGUGGCAAUUGCAAGAAUGCAGAUUGUAAAUUCUUACAUCCAAAAGCUCGCGCGGAGCUGUGUCGUUUUCGUGCAAAAUGCAAAUUGUGGACUUGUCAGAAAUUACAUCCAAAUACUCGAGCUCGACGAUGUGCCAAUAAAGAAAAAUGUACAAAUCUCGGUUGUCUAUGUUUACAUCCGUUGGAGCGUAGUAAACUUCUUUGUUUACUAGGAGCCGAAUGUCGCGAAAUUUCGUGCAAACUGACUCACCCGAAUGAACGAUCAUCGAUAUGUGAUCAACCCGAUGCAUGUCCAAACUUCAACUGUACUCGCCUUCAUCAACCAGAAUGGAAUCCGUGCGAAGACGGUAAUGAUUGUAAGGAUUCACAAUGUUUGAAAAUUCAUCCAUCGGAACGUAAAUUAAAUCCGCAACAGACAAAAAGCAGAAAUUUAAAAACUUUGGAACAAAGAUUUAAUGAUCGUAAGAAGGCUUCGUUAACAAUAUUCUCUCAUCGAGAGACAUUUUGUAAACGUCUCGAACAGGAACAUGUUUUGAUUGUUACUGCAGAAACUGGUAGCGGUAAAAGUACACAAUUACCUCAGUAUGCUGUUGAACAUUUCGGUUCACUUGUUGUUUGCACUCAACCGCGUGCUGUUGCUGCUCUUUCAUUGGCUCGUCGUGUUGCUGAAGAAUUUGAUGGACAAUCAGUUGGUGAAUCGGUUGGAUACCAAAUCGGUCAUGGCAAUCGAGUGGCUGGAUCAAAAAUUAUGUUCAUGACAGAUGCAGCAUUGAUUCGAGAAAGUCAACGUGAUCCUGAUUUGAAGCAUAUUCGCGUCUUAAUCAUAGACGAAGCGCAUGAACGUUCGUUAAAUACCGAUAUUGUUAUUGGCAUCUCGAAACUCCUGCUAGCAAAACGUCCCGAUGAUUUUUAUGUUGUGAUUGCGUCAGCAACGAUUGAUCCAAGUCGUUUUCUACAAUUUUUCGGUCGUUCUACGAAUACACCUCUGAAAGUCGAGGGCCGAGUAUUUAAAGUAACCGAUGCUGAAAAACCACCACCAUCCGAUUGCUCCGAUCAGAAGUUCAUCGUGUCGCAUGUCGUUCCGUCUGUUCUUGAACUCUAUCCACAACACGAAGGACAUACACUCGUUUUCCUCCCUGGCCAAAGUGAAAUCGAACGAGCAAUGAAAAUCUUUAAAUCUAAACUUCCCGACGAUUGUGUUACACUUCCACUGUACGGUUCACAAUCGCCAGAAGACCAAGAAAAAGUGAUCAAAUUUAACGAACUAGAUAAACGAAUGGUGGUUUUCUGUACGAAUGUUGCUGAAACUUCAUUGACCAUUGCAAAUGUUCGAUUGGUUAUCGACUCUGGAUUAGCAAAAGAAGCGCGUUACGAUGCUAAACGUCGUUUGACUGUGAUUGAAACUGUACGUAUUUCACGAUCAUCUGCUGAUCAACGCAAAGGUCGAGCUGGACGAACUGCGCCAGGUCAUUGCGUUCGUCUGUAUGGAAAUUCGGAAUUAACACGAGCAAAUAUCGAACCAGAAAUUCUCCGAUCAUCACUCGACCUUGUUCUUCUACAAUUAGUACGCUUAAAUCUUGAUCCGAAAACUUUCCCAUUCAUGGAUGCACCACCCUUGGAUGUCUUAAACAAUUCUCUUGCUCUUCUUGCACAACUUCAAUGCAUGGACGAUCAGCAAACGAUCACGAAGAGAGGCGAAUUGUUUACUGAGCUUUCCCUUGAUCCUCGCCUAAGUUCGUUUAUCGUCGAUGUCUAUUCCCAGUAUAAAAGUCUAUUGGGUGUCGUCGUCGCGAUCGUGGCAAUUCUAUCAGCACCGGGUACGAUUUUUUUCAUGGGCGGAGACAAAGAAGCAGCCAAAGCACGAGUGGCACUUCAAGCACAAAAUCAGAAAAGCGAUCUGAUUCAUUUAUAUUCAGUUUACAAUGAUUGGGAAAAUGCCGGCGGUAGACCAAACAAAGGAAAAUGCUCAAAAUGUGAUAAAAUAAGCCGAUAUUGUAUAUGUCGAAUCAAGUAUUGUAAUGAAAACGGUUUAAAUAAUAAAAUUUUACAACAUAUUUCAACAUCAUGCGGCUCGAUUAUCAAACAGCUGAAAAACGUGCGCUGGCUUCAACCACGUGACGAAAUGUGCACAGAUAUGGUUAAAACUCUCGGUUAUCAUCUCGCAAAGCUUUUCCCCGAACAGUGUGGGUAUCUGCUCGUUCCGCAAUUGCCGAGCGAAGGCGUUCGAUUAAUCUCCACUGAUAUUCGUGCGAAGAUCACAAAUACGAGUGUGUUUAUGCAAAAACUUAACAAAGAUUCCGAUCGAGAAGUUUACCAGCAUUUUGUAGCAAUGACAAUUACGCAAUUACCAUCCGGAAACCAUAUCAUCGAACGACUUCAUCCGAUAUCUCGAUCGGAUGUUGUUGUACAAUCAACAAUACAGGAUUUAUGCACAAUUGAAAAUUGUGGACCAGAGUUUGAAAAGCUUUUUCGUCAGAAAUUGAACUCGUUCCAAUCAGAAUCAUGGGCAAAAUGGCUUGUCUACCAAUAUGAUCGAUCGCAAUGUCGGUUUACGAUUUCAGGUACUGAAACAAUCAAAUCAGAAUUCAUACCGAUGGUUCGACAUUGUCAAAAUGAAGUUCAAAAGAAACUUUACGACCAUUAUGAUCUAUUGCCUUGCGGUCCAAUCAGAGCAAAUUUUCAAAGCGGCUUACUUUGCACACACAUUAAUAAAACCACCGAGGCCUUGAAAAUGAACCUUCAAAACGUUUCAAGUCAAACGCCCAAUGAAUUGAAAGACUGGCUGAUGAAGAUGGCUGGAAUCGAAUGGAAUGAAGUUAAAGAGUAUAAAUUUUAUACAACAAAAGGUGAAACAGAAAGCAAACAAAUUUCUCUCGUUUUCAAAAACGAAGAUGUAUAUCGACGUGCGAUGAAUAAAAUUCCUCGUUAUCACUUAACAGAACAAGAAAAUCAAUUUCGCGAUAAUGAAAAAGAAACGUGGGGUAGAGAACUGACUAUUCAAGUUCCAUCAAAUAUCACAACGGAAGAUAUUAUUCAACAAUAUGGCGCUGAACAUAUUAUGAAAUGCAUUUCAUUAAAUGAGAAAAAGAGAAAAGAGUCAUCGCUGAAAUUAGAUAAUUUACCUCCAACAGCCGAUGAAAAUUCUCUCCGUCAGUGUCUUCAAACAUCUAACGGACCAAGUCCUAAGGAUAUCUACGUUGCACGUACAAAAAAUGAUGCAAGUGCAUGGGCCAAGCUAACGUUCCAUGAUGCAGAACAAUGUAAUCGAGCUGCGACGAUUUAUACACUACAGUUAUGUCAAACAAUGUUUCCGAUUACUGUUACGAGCAACAACAGUCCAAAACAAAAAUACAUUCAAACUAAAGUAACAAAAGCGGAUGACUCUGAUGCAACGGAGAAUCAGAAACAUUUCUAUCGUGUUGUUACGGUGAGCCGUGAAGUAGCGUUGAAAAUAUACUCUUCGCCACCAACAGAUUGGAAUGUCGAUGGAUCAGCAACGAUAACUAUUCUUCGCACGGAUCUACAUCCAAAUUUCCAACAAACACUCAACGCCAUUUGUGACAAAUUCAAUGUUCAAGUUAAAUGUAGAGAUAUUCCAAAAACGUUUGGUCAACGUUGUAUUUUCAAUCACGGAAGUCCUCAAAAGACAAGUUUAGCAGCAUCUAUGCUAGCCCAAAGCUUUGCACCGAUUAAUAUCAAAGUAAAAACCGAACGACAAAGACAACUCUUUCGUGAAUUAGAAGAAAUUGGUCAAAUACAACAGUGGGCGGUGGAAUUAAAAUUACAGAUAAAUCCAAACAAAUAUCUUACAAAUAUUGAAAUUCGAGGUCCACAAACGUCUCAAGGACAAUUGAUGCGGCGUAUUGCUGAUUAUUCCGAUAGCUUUGACAAACGUUUUCAUGAGCACGAACUUAGUCCGGUAGUCGCAACUUUUUUCGGUCAACAAAAAGCAGCAUCAGUUCGAUUGCGACAAAUAGCUUCAAAAUGGGCAUCGAAUUCUUGUCUAGUUUCAUUUAAUCCUAGAACUACGACAAUAACAAUUGUUGGUAAAACAGAUGUUUCUUUAAUAGAUUUGAAUACAUGUGAAAAUGAAGUUCUUCAACUCUUGGAUGAGAUUAUUGCUAGUACAGAUAAUGUAGAAAGUGAAGAAGACGAAGAUGAAGACGAGGAAGAGAAUGAUAACAGGAAUACUUUGGGAAAAGAACGUCGAUGUGUAUUUUGUAAACAACAAUCGUCAACUUCAACGAGUUUAUUUCGAAUUUGCGGACAUGCUUACUGUCGAUGUGCUGCGCAAUAUCUGGCCGCGACUCAUCAAUUUCCUCUUAAGUGUAGAGAUUGUCAAACCAACAUUCACAUUUACGAUAUCAAAAAUAUCUUUGAUAACAACUCACAAUUAUUAACAUAUCUAUUAAAAUGUUCAAUUCAAGAGUAUUUAACAAACAAUGCUCAACAAGAUGAUCGCGUGUUCUGUCCGACCGUUGAAUGUGAAGGUUUGAUUAAACUGAGCAAUGGUUAUCAAACUUGUUUAACAUGCGGACAAAACAUUUGUCCGAAAUGUCAAGUUAUUGAUGAUGAACUGCAUAUGGGCCGCACAUGUGCUCAACUUGUUGAAGAAAAGAAACGGCAAGAAUUCUUACCACAACUCUUUCUUGCGGCAAGAAAAUUUGUUCUAGAUAACUGGCCACUUGAUAACACAGUACAGCCCAUUGGUCGUAUUGAUGAAAAUCCUUAUUUAGAAAAGCAAUACAAAUCAUUAAUACGAUUUUACAAAGCAAAUCAAACUUUGGGUCAUUCGUUUCCACCGGAUUUAGCAAAAGGCUUUUUCGCUUAUCAUGGUUGUCCAUUUCAAUCGAUUAAUGCAAUUUGUCAAACGGGCUUUGAUCCUCGCCGUCGUUCAGGUCAAGCUUAUGGUCGUGGUGAAUACUUUGGAGUUACGGCUCUUAUCUCUCACAGUUAUUCGCAGAAAGGUGGAAGUCAAGGUGGAUUCAGUCAAAUGAUCAUUGCAUUCAUUCUUCAAUGUACUCAGGUAACAAAAUCAGAAGGCUUCUGCUAUGUCGUUGACAAUCCAGUUGAUUGGACAUAUGCAUUUAACAUUCCCGUUUUGGUGGUUACUUAUGGGUCCAAUGCUGCGAGUCAGUUAUCACCCUUUCCUCGUGAUAUUUCACAAUAUGUUGAUAACGAGCCUUGUUGGAAUGCACCUUUUCGAUGGUAUUGGCAUCAAGAUAACGGGAAUUUCGAACCAUAUAAUGACACGAUCAAUGAAAUACUCGAGAAUUUCUAUGAAGCGUGGAAGUUCAAUCGUGGUUUAUCGGAAGUUGAUACACCACCAGUGACUCGUUAUGUUGAUGACGCUCCUCAAGAGUAUAAAAUUGAUUUUAAGAAAAAUCGACAAGUGAACAUGAAAACAACAUAUACGCGACUUAUCGACCGGCGGCCUUUGGAAAAGCCAGCAGCGAAUUUAAAUUGGUUUUACUGUAACGAGCAUGGAGCUUGGACACGUUAUGAAAUGCUCGUUCAAAAUCAAAUCGAACAAGCAUUUCAAUCGUAUCGAGCUGGUCGAGGACCAUCAACUGUUAAUGUUCAACCUCCUGGUCGUCCAGAAACAUACCAAAUUAACUUUUUGAAAGGUCAACAAAUAAACACACAAAGUAACACUUUUAAAAACAUCAAACGAGAAUAA